GAGCGGCCGGAUCUCUGCAGCUGUUUGUCCGGUUCUCUUGCCACCCCACUCGAGCCCAUCUUCUUCCCCCAUGAGCGCUGUGUGCUGUUUUCUAGCCUCCCUUGUCUUCAGCUUGGUGCACCUUUAUUGAACCUGCCUUUCUGGAGCCGGCGUCCCCUCGCCUUGGCUGCCCCCAUUCACGGUCGGCCAACCCUCCCUUGCACCGCCGCGAUCGAUAGUGCCUCUUCUUUACCGGUUGCCUUUUCUCUGAGGCCAGACCGUCAGCUCUUUAGGGCAUGGUUCUUGUCUCAUUCGGAGCACGCUGAAGAGAGCUUUGUACAUGGCAGAUGCUGGGGAAGAUGCUUAUCCAAGGGGGUGCAUCUCUCCCGGUAUCCUGGGGGUCCAAUUUUCUAAGCCUUCCCCACCAAAAUCCCAACAGCAAAAAGUCUCGACCAAGGAAGAAAUCUUUCCUGUUUUCUGCUCUGUAUGCUGCCUUUAUCUUUGGUGGUCGGCACCUGAUGAACAAACGGGCAAAGUUUGAACUGAGAAAACCAUUAGUGCUCUGGUCUCUGACCCUUGCAGUCUUCAGUAUAUUCGGUGCUCUUCGAACUGGUGCUUAUAUGGUGUACAUUUUGAUGACCAAAGGCCUGAAGCAGUCAGUUUGUGACCAGAGUUUUUACAAUGGACCUGUCAGCAAAUUCUGGGCUUAUGCAUUUGUGCUAAGCAAAGCACCCGAACUAGGAGACACGAUAUUCAUUAUUCUGAGGAAGCAAAAGCUGAUCUUCCUGCAUUGGUACCACCACAUCACUGUGCUACUCUACUCUUGGUACUCCUACAAGGACAUGGUAGCCGGGGGCGGUUGGUUCAUGACCAUGAACUACAGCGUGCACGCCGUGAUGUACUCUUACUAUGCCUUGCGAGCGGCAGGGUUCCGGGUCUCCCGCAAGUUUGCCAUGUUCAUCACCUUGUCCCAGAUCACUCAGAUGCUGAUGGGCUGCGUCAUUAACUACUUGGUCUUCUACUGGAUGCAGCAUGACCAGUGUCACUCUCACUUUCAGAACAUCUUCUGGUCCUCACUCAUGUACCUCAGCUACCUUGUGCUCUUCUGCCACUUCUUCUUUGAGGCCUACAUCGGCAAGAUGAGGAAAACAACGAAGGCUGAAUAGUGUUGGAACUGAGGAGGAAGCCACAGCUCAGGGUCAUCAAGAAAAACAAUAGACAAAAGAAAAUGGCACAAGGAAUCACACAUGGUGCAGCUAAAACAAAACAAAACACAUGAGCAAACACAAAACCCAACCCAAGGCAGCUUAGGGAUAAUAAGGUUGACUCAGCCCAGUAAGUUUAUGAUCCUUUUUGGGUGAGGACUCACUGAGUGCACCUCCAUCUCAAAGGACUGCUGCUGGAGACCCCAUUCCCUCCUUAACUGUCAGCUCUAGGGCAAAUGAGAACAAAAGUGAGCCAGAGGCACGGAGAGAGGGAGAGCGAGAGAGAGAGAGAGAGAGAGAGAGAGAGAGAAAUAGAAGGUCAACAAAGGCUAUUAACACUAUAUGGAAAAAAAAAGUAUUUACUAAGUGUUAUAUUUCUCUAAGAAUGAAAGAAGUUUACUUAAGAAACUGUGCGAGCACAUACACACACAAUCCUUUCUAAUCUUUUUGGACACACAAUAGAAUAGAUACAAAAUGGAAGAGACACAGGGUGUAUAUCUAGGACAAUAAUGCUUUUGCAAAAAUUAAAGCCUUCUUAAGAAAGGCCAGUAGCUGUAGCCCCCGUGAGAAGAGAUGUCUUAAUCACCUCUCAUGAAAACGAUGUAAACAAUUGUAUUCCAACUACGAGAAGGACUGGUGUUUUUCCCUUCCUAGCCCAGUCUGGGGCUAGUGACUUUGCCAGAACCAAACGGGGCACAGUAUUUUUCCAAGGUUCUUCCUGGGAGGAUGGAAACAGUGCAGACCAGUUCCUAACGGGGCAGCUCCACCUCAGAGCACUUCUGAUGGUUUCACUGUAAUUUCCACUCUGAAAUGAGCUCUCAAGGAUUAUCCUUGGUUCGGGGGCCCCAGGCUUUUGAACGGAAGAGUAAAUACCGAAUAGCAAAGUUAAAACUCUACCAAAUGAUUUGAAAAUGGAUUCUGUACCACCUCUAAAAAGGGUCAGCCCCGUACCAUUCUUGAGCUGGGAAAAGGACAGUGGGGAAAGAUGGGAGCCCAGGAUCCAUCCAACAGACACACUCGGUAUACCCCCACUCUAUUUGACUUCACACACGCACUCAUGGCUUCCCAAAUGAAACCCUGUUGUACGGUCCAUAUGUUCUAUAUUUUUGUGAAUUUCACAAAGAAAUCUGCAGGGCUCUUCCUGAUAUUGGGUGAACACUGUGUUUCCGCAUCAUCUGCGUCUGCUCCCCGAGCGACGCAGAGGUGUGUAAAGUGCCCUCUGCUGGUCAAGUGGAGAUACUUCAACAAACCCUUCAUGGCAAGUUUGGCUGGAACAGGUGACAACAAAGGGCCCCCGAUACACUUAUCCUUCAAGUUUUCAGUGAUCUAAAACACUCGUCAUAUUUUUGGCCAAAUCAGAAGACCUUCCUCCUGCUUCAAGUCAGCUUCAGAAAUUUUUUUAAAAAGGACUUCUGCUCUGGAACUCAGAAAAUCAGCUUAUUAAGAGCCAUAUUCUCUAUAAAAAGAGAGAGAGAGAGAGAAAGAAAUGAAAGCUAGAUAAUAUAAUAUUAUCUGUAAUACUUCAGUCCUUUACAAGCCAAAUAAUGUGUCUACAUUCCUAGUAUUUCAAAGAAGCAAUUAUAUAAAAUCGUUCAAUGUGAUAUGCUAGUACUCUAAUCGGUUAAGUAGCUUCAUGAUUAGACAAACCAGAUGGCACGAUUAGCGGCUACACUUCAUAUAGCUCGUACAUGCAUCACUACACAUACGUGCACACAGAUGUGGGGUACACUCAACUUCAAAGCCCAGAUGAACAGGAACCCGUUUUUCUGGCUAGCAGAAAAAGAAAACUGUUGUUUAUCUUUUGCUUUCUUUGAGAGUAUACAGUAAAAGGGAUUUUUCAGAUUAUUUUUAUAUUAUUUUAGCUUUAAUUGUGCUGUCAUUCAUGAAACAGAGCUGCUCUGCUUCUGUCAGAGAUGACAAGGGCUUUCUCAGCAUCUUGUUUAUGUGUGGAAUUUGAAAGAAUAAAGUUUUAUCCCAUUCUGUGUGAAGGGUUUGAACAAUGAACAAAGAAUCCAUGCAAACCAGGUCAUGACCGCUAGACCCGGGGCGGGGCGGCGGGGGGGUUGGCGCUGGGCUAUGCAGGGAGGGAAGCUGUUACAUCUGUAUUAAAUUAUCGUGGGCAGUCUACGAUGUCUUGACGUUGGUUCUUAGAUGAGAAACAACUGAUGGAGGGAUGUGUUGUGAUUCUUAGUGUGGAAACCGACGUGAGCUAAAAGGAUAGGUCCUGCUAUAACAAUUACGAGGUUCUUAGGCUGCAUAUAAUGUUCUUUUGAGCUUUGAAAAGACAUGAUACUGUGCAAUAAGCUUUUUUUCUUAUAAAAGAAAAUGAGCAGAAUAUUUCACAUGAGAAAAAGGCCAAAUAGCUGACUUGAGCUUAAUUGAAGGACCAGUUCGAGCUUAGCUGGUUGAUUUAAUUAUUGAAUCCAUUGAUUAAUCAUUGGCCCUUUAAUGCAGGUUAGAAUAAGGAAAUGAGCAUAGACCUUAAAUAGACUCUAAAUGAUGCUUCCAAAGCACUUUGAUCUUGGUACAAUUUCAUACUUGUGUUCACUUGUGAGAUAACUUAGAAUUUUUUUUACAGGUUGAAUGUCUAAUAAAUAGUUUGUAAAUUGGCUAAAUAAAUCUAAAGGCUUUUCAGACAUUUCUCAUGGGAAGAAAGAAAAACAAAAAAAAAAAUUCUGGUAUUAGAGGUUCAAUACAUUGUUUUUAACAUCUCAGUUUAACUGCUUAAUUGUAUCAAGAUAAGAGGCUGGACCACUAGCCCAUGGCAAAUCUGAAUCCUACCAGAGAACUGACUGCCACACAGAUAAUCCUACUGUCAGUUAACAUUCCAGAAAAACUUGGGGCAGGCAAGUUUUCAGAACUGCCCCACUAUGCUGCAAUAGAUUAUCUUUCUAUUGGAGAUUUUCUACUGCAUUCCAAUCCCAUUAUGGUGAAAACGUUUCUGGAUUGAAAAAACAAACAUCCUUCAUUUCAUAUCUAAGUGCAUGUAAUUUGAUGCCCUCAGUCUGAGUAUCAACCCAAGUCUAUGAGUUUGCAAUGAAAAACAUUCUAAUGAAAAAAUGCUCUAUUCAUAGAACAGGAGGUUUGAUCUGGGUCUUCUAGUUUUGCUAAUGAGAAAAGAGGAAGCACUACGUUAUUUAAAUCCAUGCCAGGUCAAAGUACUGAAUUAAAAUCAUGUAUUGAGGUUAUUAUUCCAGAUGAUUUACUCUCACCCUUCUACUCACACUCUACUACAACAAUUGGAGGGGCGGGGUAGGGAUAAUACAUACAUAUAUGUUGCUCAAGGGGAAAGAAAGAAUUGAUUGGGUCCCUCUCACUUCCCCACCUCUCUACUAAUGUAGCUCAGGCCUGAGUCAGAAACUUCAUGUGAGGAGGGGUUUUGCAGAACUGAAUAGAAGAACACUUCUGGGAAAGAGAUCUACAGAUUUUUUUUUUUUUAAAUCAGAUGUGGUGUCUUUAUGAUAAAACCUCACAUCAAAGAAAUAAUGCACCUGGAGUCAACUACACUGAGUAGAAUGCUCCAGAAGCCUGGCCUCAUUCCCAGACUGCUAAAUUACCUGGGAGAGACAGCAUGCUCAGGUUAUAUCUUUUCUUUAUCCUGAUAAAACAGCCUCCCCUCAGAGACUACGUGUCGCACAACUGUCAGCUCCAGCACAUUCUGGGGGCUUUUUUUUUUUCCUCAGAGUUGUUGGACUGGCCAUGUGCUGAUUCAAGAGAGCUGUUAAUAGAGAAGAUCCGGGAGAUUUUUGCCUCCCAGAGCUCAGCACUUUGAGUUAUAUGUGGAUGGCCCAUGCCUGUCUCUCCCAUACACUUAUUUCCCUGAACAAGUUUCCAUCCCCGAGAGUGUAACUGAGUGAAAAUUUCAUGAGGAAAGCCCAGAACUUUCUGACAUUCCAGUCUUUGUUUCCAAUAACAUUUUGCUAUCAAUUCAGGAUGGUAGAGCCUAUGUUCAUGCUGUGAGUCCCUGUCCCCUGUAGCUUUCUUAAGUUGUUCUCUGUCUCAUAGGCAACGUCUGACUCUUUGUGCCUCAGACCCUUUAUCCUCAAGAAGAGAUUUUGCUAAGAAUGCCCCACAGGGUUUGGCUUGUAGCAUAUACACACUGAAAUGAGAGCUAAUAACGCAACCUUACACUCUUGUGCCAACAAUCCGUAUGAAGGUCCCAGUUUUCCAAUGAACCAGCAGGCGCUGUCUGCUGGUCCCCAAUACUUAAGUAAAACAAGUGUCAGUGCAGUUAGAGCUUCUUUUUUUUUUUUUUUUUUUUGAAUGCCACUUGUGACAGAAUCCCAUUAUAAACCUCCUCCAGCCAUGUGGCGGAACCCAUAGCUAAAGAAACCAGGGGGCGCCUGGGUGGCUCAGUUGGUUAAGCGACUGCCUUCAGCUCAGGUCAUGAUCCUGGAGUCCCGGGAUCGAGUCCCGCAUCGGGCUCCCUGCUCGGUAGAGAGUCCGCUUCUCCCUGUGACCCUCCUUCCUCUCAUGUUCUCUGUCUCUCAUUGUCUCUCUCGCAAAUAAAUAAAAUCUAAAGAAAAAAAAAAUUUUUAAAGAAACCAGUUAAGAACACCUGCGCAGAGCAUCAAAGAAUCUUCGCAAGCCUGUUGAAUCAUCCCGUUACUUUCCUCAUCCUCAGGUACUUUGAAAAUUCAGGACUCACAGAAGGAGGGAAGAUAAUCUCCAGGCUUCCCUUCCUCCUGAAUUACACUUAGAAAAAAGUGGAACAGAAGUUGUUCUAACACUGAAAGAGAGACAUUGGGAGCACCCCCAUGUGUGGGUUUGGGAAGGUCUUAAUAAAGGCAUUUUGAUUUUAUGUUGGGCAGACAAAAGUCUUGCAGUCAGAUACACUUCAGUGGAAAUCCAAACCCGAAACUACGUCGUAGUCAACUUUUCCUGAAGUAACUGGUUAGAUUAAAGAAACUGGUCCCAUACAUCAGGGUCAAGCCAUAACUGCAACCCAUUUAGGCUAGCAUUGCGGGGUCCUGACACCUGUUGGUGUUUAAACACUGUUACUUUCCCAACGCUUGGCAGCACUUGAAACUUCUCUCAGUGGGCAGAAAUCAAGAAGUCUCCAGAAGUAGCCUAAUAGUGCUCCCCACGCAUGUCCGUUUCAGACACGUCUGACUGUCUGGGCAUGUUCGGGCAGGAGGUUGCUUGCUGCUAACUUGAAAACCACUGGGAGCUUCAGCCUCUUCAGGGUCCCAGAGCCCAUAUUCAGAUAGAAGUUCACCCAUAUAAGCCUCAGAGAGCAAAUCACAGCAAUGUUGGAAUUGUUAUUUUCAAGUGCUUCUUUCACGACACUCAAAGAAAUAUUUUUUCUUGGUAUAU